AUGGACGAUGAAGAAUAUAUGAAACCGAUGUUACCAACUGUACCGGAAAAAUGCGGACCACCGGUGAUUCCGUUAGGACAUCUGAUUGAAUUUGCCGUACAGCAAAUUUUUCAUGAACUUACUGUUCUCUCCGAACUAUUGCCAAAAAAGCUCGAUUCUGAUAGAAAAAUUAGCAUUGUACAAUUUGCACAUUCAACGCGUGUACUUUUUAUCAAACUUCUCGCAGUAGUGAAAUGGGUCAAAUCGUCAAAGAAAUUUGAAUCGUGUGCUUCGAUCUGCUACUUCCUGGACCAGCAAUCACAGUAUUUCGUGGAUACAGCUGAUCGUUUGGUGCAGCUAGCACGAGAGGAGCUUGUUUUUGCCAGGUUGCCAAUCUUCCAAGUGGCUUUAGCUGUUGAUGUUCUCACAGUUGGGACAUUUCCACGACUUCCAUUGUGCAUAAAGAGUCGUUUUAUCCCUGAUCCACCAAUAACAUCACGGGAAGAAGCAUGUGUCUUAGCUCGACUCAAUCAAGUCAUACAGUAUCGCCUUUCAAGUUACGGGACGAAGCUUUCACCUCGUAUAUCAAAAACUGUGAUUAGAAAUGGAAUGGUAACGAUGACUGUUAAUGGUGAAUUUGAAGUGUCACUAACCUUAUUGGGUGAGCGGCCAGCUACAAAAUGGACUUUGCUGAACAUCAAAAUAUUAGUCGAAGAUUAUGAAAUUGGUUUUGGAACUAAAUUGGUCCAUCCAUUACAAGUCAAUAUGCUCCAUAAUGUUUUGCAGUUAAGGAUGGAUAAAAGUUUAGAGCCACUUGAAGAAGUAUAUAAUUUGCUCCAUUCAUUCGCACAAAUGUUACAACUGGAUGUGUUGUUUUGUCAAGCAACCCAAGUGUUCAGUGGUGACAUGUGUCAGUAUGCUGCUAUUGAACGGUAUGAUCGGAAUAUGGGCAUUCUUACACUGGCAUAUUGGCUAAAAAGAACACAUAAUAGGUACACUUCUCAAUACAAGAUUAAAAUAUUUAUCGAUAAAGAAAAUCAACAUAAUGGUUUACGUGUGCGGCAUUUUCCGGUAGGCAAAGGCUUGCCGUAUAUAGAUGAUCGCAGUGGAAGGUUAUCAAUUAAUCGUCUGCUAUCCGAAACAGUUGGUGUUCGUUGCCGUGAACGACUUCUGCGUAUCCGUGAGAGGCUUGGUUUGCUGAAACCACCAGUUAUUGUAUCACUUACCGGUAGAGCUGCUCCCACACUCACUUAUCCAUUAUUAGGAGCCCAGUCACAUGCUGACGAAAUGCUCGUUGUAUCAGUUAAUGAUUUUUCUGGAAAUGUGAUUGCAGUUGUGCGAGCAUUAGGAUCAUGCACAGAGCUUCGAGAGUUGGAACAGCUUAUCGACGAUCGUGUACCUUUGCAAACAAUCACAGAUAAGAUGGAGAGGCUAAGAAUUUUAUUAAUGUUGGAACGGUAUCGUAAAGCGGUUGCACCUCUCCCGGUCCGGAUUGUUCCAGAAAACGUCUUUUGCGCUCGUCUAUCAAGUUUGCCAGAACUUCCGCCUGAUAGGAUAUGCCUUCAGUUUAUCAAAGAGGAAAUGUAUUAUCUUAUAGUUUCGUUUACUCCUAACGGACAAAUUGGAGUAAACAUUGAUAUGUAUUUAUUGUCAAACGUUGAGCGAAAGCUGAAUAUGGUGCGAUUGCAUCCUUCUCAAUUGCUGACAACAUUACCGGAGUCAAGUUUCUUAAGUGGGAAAAGUGACGAUGAUUUGGAACCUCCCACGAAGCGGCGCCGUUGGUUAGGUGACAAAAGAUUGCUAACAUCAGCCGUAGCAACUUUGGAUGAUCGACUGGCAUUUAUGAGGAUUUGUGAAGAACUCGAGCGCCGUAAUGUGAAGUAUAAGCCUCUUACUGUGGAACCAACAGUUGGUGGCCUAAUUUUGCAUAUAACAGACUUUUCUGAAGCCAUACCCGCAGGAUCCGAUGAUUUCUUUUCAUCCGUGAUUAACUGUUGCCUUCGACUGGAUACAAGAACUCGAGUUAUUUGGCCGUUUGAAUGCACUUUGAUUAAUACGCCAUUGGUUGCUGAUUUCUAUGAGCCCAUUAUGCAUGUUGAUUAUGAGUCCGCAAAGACGAAAACGACGGUUCUGGAGAUUCAUGGUAGUGGAGGAGUUUCAUCACCAAAUACGUCGGAGAGUGUUUCAACUCACAUGAUUGAUCGUUUAAUCGUUUUUGCACAUAUGUUUGAUCCAGUGAAGGAGUUUGCAGCUGCUUAUUAUAGUCACUAUAAUAAGUAUUGUAAUGUUGUUGCAUUCACCUAUCAUAAACUUGUAUUAGCAUACGGUUCAAAUCGCAAUAUGUUGAUGAUGCUUUCAUGGAGAACGCAAAAAGCUCCAAACAAUAAGCAGUAUUUUUAUCUUACAUUUGGAAUUGGACCAAGUCGUGCGACAACAACAGCUGAUCUUAGCAAUUCCGAAAUAUUGUGGAAUCCACACAUACUGUUAGCUUCUCGUCUUCAAGAACGAUUCAAUAAACAACGUUCCCUUAUUGGUCUUGUACAAUAUUUAAUUGAUUCUGUUGCUCCGCUUUCCGCACUUCAUUCAUUCACUCGAAUUCGACUUCAGUCACUGCGUGCAUUUUGUCAGAUGAUGUGCUAUGAUGCUGCUUUAGCAUUGAGUUUGCAAGUCACAUUAUCAAUAGUGGACGAAUACAGAAUUCGUUUGAUUUAUGGCCAUGUGCAUUUGGAAUUCUUUUUAUUGGGUAAUUCGCGUAUUGGUUUACGUGACUGUUCACUGGGUUCAGCAUGUGCAUUCCGUUUGCGCCAGUUCUGUAGUAAUUUCUUGAGUCCUGAACUGCGAAGCGCAAAUGAAGAAAAGUCGCCUAGUGCCUUUGCCUGGACAGCUACCAGUUCUGGACCUGGGUCGCUACCAUCUCAUCAGAUGGUUCGCUCUCCGGCAUCGAGAAUUGUGUCAUCACCAAUGUCACAUAUGUCAUUAUCGGUUCCACCCUUAGAUAGCUUUGGUUCUUCCUUACGAUAUUCGUCAGACUGUCGCUCGAGGACUCCAAUUUUGCUGGACCAUGAUUCGCUGCAUUGCAUGACAUCCGUUGAUGAGUCUGGGAGUUGUGCUCUUGAUCAGUAUUUGUUUGCAUUAGCAUACUUAUCAAAAUUGGGACCAGCCUUAGAAGGAUAUCGUCGAGAGCAUCGUGGAUCAGGUGCACAUCCAGUCAUCCAAUUUCGACAAUUAAUUGCAACUGCAGAAAGUGUUCGAUUAUCAGUAUUGGGUGCUGCACCACCGAAUCUAAAACAUGAACCAUUCUUGGUUAAUAUGAAUAUCUAUUUGGAUGAAGAAACAAUGAGUUUAAAAAUGAAGUUGGAUUUCGAUGGUGAAGAUAUUCCGGCUGAUAAUGAUAUCCGUACAGCGGAGCUUUACUUCGUGAGAUUUGUUGCUCGAUUGGGGAAUGAAAUUGCUGUAGUUGCAUUCGCUAAUGCCUGCAGGCUUGCUGCACCGGGUGCAUUUUCGGCUAUUACUCGUAUAAUGAGUGUACAAAUGAAUUGGACCGAAGAUACUCCUUGGCGUCCAUCAAUCCAAUUGGUGAUGUGGAGCCAGGAAGGAUCAGUCCCAAGAGCACGCAUUUCACCUGGCAUUGUUAUUGACCAGACGAAUAUCAGUGUUCUCAUUUUGCUUUGUCUAAGACCAGCGCGUCAUAAUCCGUCAGAAAAAAAUGCAGAUGCAUCGAAACAUUUGAUACCUCUCAUUUACAACACUCAAACAAAUACCGUAGCUCGACGUAGCAGCGGUGCAGAUGAUGAUGCUAGCAAUGCUACAACUGUAUUGUCGAAUAUUUCCGAGCAGUACUCCCUGACAAAUGAACCAGCUUUGUGGCCAGCUAUCUAUUCUCUUGCUCAUAAUUUUACUGUACAACGAUAG